AUGUGGAUCCGGUGGUUGCCGACUGCGCUUGUGUGUGCUAUCUUCGCGAGACACGCGUCCACCAGCACACCAUCGAAACAUGGCAACGAAUUUGUGGCCAAGUGGAAGGCGAUUGAGAGCAAUGCAAAGUCACUGGUCCAGAAGCUGAUCAGUAUGUCGUAUCGGGAGGCUCUUCCGCUGAUCCACGAGGCGGACCUAUCCAGUGAAUGCUUCAUCAGCCUGACCAGUGUUCUACGGGGCCUGCAGGAGCUCAACACUGAUGUGGUCAGACUGCUCGACGCAUGGGGCAAAAUUCCUAGUGGAUUCUCCGACGGCAGCCUGGCUGAACUAGGAGACUACGACCUCUGCACUCGCCUUGUGGCCCACAAGAGUGCUCUGUCCGGCUCGAGGGAGACGCUCUUUCGAGGGCAGUACUGCAGUUUCACUCUUGACCCGCCCCUGCCUCCGCGACCCCCGGUGAUCAGAAAUACGGAGCCCAUCAUCGACAGCAGCAGCUUCGCCAAUACCUCGGCAAUCAAGGAGACGCUCGAUGUGUCUUGGGGACUGUACGCAACCAGGCUCCGAAUGGGCAUUUGUGUACCGGAUCAAUGUUCACCGCCCGAGAUCGCCAGGAUGCUCCAGGCAGUGUCUGCAAAGUUUCUCCUUAGUACCACUCUACUCAGCUGUGAAGUUCGAGAGGUUGCGACGUUGAACAACUCGCAAAUUGCGUCAAUAGUUAUUCUUGCUUUGUUCGUCAUAACUGUUUUGACAGCGACUUUCUGUGACAUCGCAUUGAGCCGCACAAAGGAUCAGGGGACAUCCAAGGAGAAGCCAGGCGAACUGCUACAAUCGUUCCUGAAGUUAUCGAUGCCGCGAGUUACCAGCAAGCUGUUUAAAGUUGGAAAUUCUAAUACAAGUCUCAAGGUGUUCAACGGCCUGCGGAUAUGUGGCGUCUUUUGGGUGGUCACUUUCCAUACGUACAUUUAUCCGGACAUCGGCACAUACCGCGCUCUCAGGGAGCUACAAAAAAAUGCCGUUUACAUUCCGUUCCAGUUUGUUAACAACGCUUGGCUUUGCGUUGACAUGUUUUUCUUCAUCAGUGGGUUUCUGAUAGUAUAUAACCAAAGGAAGAUUCCAGCGAAGAUUUCUUUAUACCGCUUUUAUAUGAAAAGUUUGAUUCAACGAUAUUGGAGACUUAUUCCACUGGCCAUUCUGGUGAUGCUGAUACUGUUCCUGGAGCCGCUGUUUGGGUCUGGGCCUAUUUGGAAAGAAAAAAUUAAUGCCCAAGUGCACAACUGCGAGCUGCGCUGGUGGUCGGUGCUUGGAGGAUUCUCCAACUUUUUCCACGUCGAUGACACGUGCAUUGUGCAUUACUGGUACAUCAGUGCUGAUCUUCAAAUUUAUGCUGCGGCUGUGGCGUUGUCCCUCCUAUCCAUAAAGAAGAAGAGGCUCAGCAUCAUAAUAAUGAUCACCUGCCUUGUUGCAUCGAUGGCCGCGAUAGGAGUGCAGACAUACCUCAGCGAGUACCCACCAACUAUGUUUGUAUUCGGCAGAGAUGCCAACAGGGGUCUGUACUGCAAGUACUGCGCUUUGUUCGUAACAGGUGCGAUGGGAGGUUACCAGAAAAAUGUCCCCCUCCAAAAACUGGUCACCAAGCCACUCACGUCCUUUGCAAAACUGCUGGGAAAGGAUGGUGAUCUUCCUGUACAUGAAGCAAGCAAGUACCAUAAGGAAGCAAUGCAGGCUGGGAAGGAGUUUCUCGCACGUGUUAAGGCUCCCGAAAAAGAUGUAGCCAACCAAAUCAGCAGUCAGCGUCUACAUCAAGUGAACGACAACCGAAACCGCCUGGCCCCAAUUAUAAAGUCUAUCAUCUUUCUAGGGCGCCAAAAUAUACCAUUCCGUGGGCACCGAGACGACGGAAGACUUCUUGAACGGUCAAAUGAGGCCUCAUUGACUUCGAAUGAGGGCAAUUUCCGCGAGCUCCUGCGCUUUCGAGUAUCAAGUGGGGACACUGAACUCCAGAAGCACCUUGCCAGCACAUCAUCCCGAGCCACGUACAUCAGCAAGACAACCCAAAACGAAUUAAUCAAGUGCUGUGGAGAUGAGGUUCUUGCUACACUCAUUCAGUGGGUGCACGAGUCGGGCGUCUACAGCAUUACGUUCGACGAAACAACCGAUGUAUCGCACACAUCGCAGCUAAGUUUUGUUCUGCGGUAUGUACACGAGAACGUAGUGCGAGAGGACUUUUUCCAAUUCGUUGACCCUCGCACUGACAGCCAUGCUGUCGAUGCCAACGUAAUUGAGCCCAUCCUCACAGGCAGAGUACUUGAUGAGAGGGUUUUGAAGAUGCUGAAGGACCUACAACUCGACUUGGAGAGGUUUGCUCUCAUGAUGAACCGUUGGAUGUACCUGCUGCCACAUGCACAUGUCGGCCCAUACUUUCUCGGUGCACUGACUGCCUUCGCCUACGAGCGGUACCGACAAUCGAAGAUCCCUGUGCUUCUGCAGUCUGUCCUCUGGGCUUUGUCGCUGUUGUUCAUCGGAGCAUCGCUCUUUGCUGCUGCUCCCUGGGGCCUGGGAGACUUGCCAUCUCUGCAGGUGACACUCGCCUAUGCCACCACGCACCGCAUCGCCUGGGCGCUGGGGCUGGCCUGGAUUGUUUUCGCCUGCUUAACGGGAAGAGGAGGCGUGAUCGACUCACUGCUCUCCUGGGAUGCCUUGGUUCCACUAGGGAGGAUGUCCUAUUCAAUAUAUUUGGUGCACGCAUACUUCGUAUUUUACAAGGCUUGGACGAUCCGACAGCGCAUAGAAAUUCACCACUUCCAAAUCAUGUCGUCAGCUAUUUCCAAUUUUAUGAUGGCUGUAGCCGCGGGCUACCUGGUCUACGUCUUUCUUGAGCAGCCCUUGGUGUUCGCCUGGGACUUGGCCAACACGUGGUCUAACAAGCGGCCGAACAAUCAUACCCUGGAAGCGGAGGUGGCAACCAACGUGGAAAAGAGCGCUGGCACUCUUACGGUUGUUGAAUCGGAGAAUCCGCCGCACUGCAGGGGCUGAAAAGGGCUCCGUUAUUUUGUCGGAUAAAUCUGAGCUUCAAGGAUCACGUCAUCUUGUCCCCAAGAGCGUUCGCCAAAAUCCCACCCAGGGUCCAUUCGGAAUGUAUGAAGCUACACGAGUGUUAUAACAUUCCCUGUGCGCAUGAUUGGCGGCAUUUAUUGCCAAGCCAGUGAUAACGCACAUCAGAAAGACAUAUCGGUCACCAGAACC